AUGGAAAGCAUAUUAGAGCAGCAACGUAAAGCUCAUGAAGAAAUUGAGCGUUUAGAACAAACAAUCGUUGAACAGUUCAUUAAUGAACCCAAAACUCAUAAAGAAAGAUUAUCUCGUGAACAUAGAGUCAGCGAUUUUCUUGAUCGAAUCAGUUCGAGAAGUAAAUUUUUAUAUGACCUUUAUGACGAUUCUGAUAAUGCACGUAAAGCAGAAAUUGAUGAGUUAUCUGGAACUUCAGAAUUUAGUGAAUUUUAUGGACGUUUAAAAGCAAUCAAAGAUUAUCAUCGUCGAUAUCCUAAUGAAACUGUAGAACCUCUAGAAUUAGAAUUUAUUAACCAAUCUAAAUUACUUGGAGAAGAUGAUGAAUUAGAUAAGCUAUUUUCAGGCGAAGAAGGAUGUGGAAGAUUUCUAGAUUUGCACGCUCUUCAUGAACAAUAUGUAAAUUUAAAGAAUGUGAAAAAGAUCGAUUAUUUGACUUAUUUGAGUGAAUUUGACAAUUUUGCUGAUUAUCCUAAAGAGAAUAAGCAUGGAGAAUAUAUUAAAUAUCUAAAUGAUCUUCGUAGUUAUUUAGAAAGCUUUUUUAAAAGAGUUAAACCUCUAUCAAAUUUAGAUGAUAUAAAAAAAGAAGUUGAAGUUGAUUUUGAUCAAAAAUGGAAUGAUGGGAUUUUUCCUGGAUGGUUAAGACCUAUUGGAGAAGAAAUUUCACACAAUCUGUUCUGUGUGGCUUGUAAGAAGGGAUAUACAAAGAAGACAGUUUUUGACGCUCAUCUAAAGAGCAAAAAACACAUAAAAGCUGCAAAUUCAAUGAUGGAACAAGGGGUUACUUCAGUAGAUCAAGAGACUCAAACCAAAUUAAUAAAAGAAGCGGAAGACGCAAAAGAUAAAAGAGAAAAAGAUGUUGCAUUUAACGAAGCCUUGAUACAAAAAUAUUCUGAAAUACUAGGAUCUCAACGUGAAGAUACUAAAGCAAAUGUUGAGAGAAAACGGGCUUUAACUGAUCGAGAGCGUAGAAUGGAACUAGAAGCUGAAGAGGUGGAUGAUGUAGAAUCAGAGUCAGAAGAUGAAGAUAAAAUUUAUAAUCCUUUAAAAUUGCCUCUUGGAUGGGAUGGUAAACCAAUUCCAUAUUGGCUAUAUAAACUUCACGGUCUUGGAGUUGAAUAUCCUUGCGAAAUAUGUGGAAAUUAUGUAUAUAUGGGUAGAAAGGCAUUCGAUCGACAUUUUCAGGAAUGGAGGCACGCACAUGGAAUGAGAUGUUUGGGUAUUCCAAAUACGCGACAUUUUCAUGAAAUCACUUUGAUAGAAGAUGCUUACGCAUUGUGGGAAAAACUUAAAAGUUCAGGUAAAUCCGAUGAAUUUAAAGCGGACACAAUGGAAGAAUUUGAAGAUCAAGAAGGCAAUGUUUUUAAUAAAAAGACUUAUGACGAUUUGAAACGUCAAGGGUUGUUGUAA